AUGAAUAAGAUUGGAUGGGUCGAAAUUCGAUUGUUAUCUUAUCGGAGUGGUAGUGCAAGUGGAAAAACUAGUGUCUCGGUACGUAUCAUAGAAAAUCUUAACGUACCAUGGGUAGGACUUUUAAGUAUGGAUUCGUUCUAUAAAGUGUUAAACCCCAUAGAUAAAAUCGAAGCACAUAAUAAUAACUUCAAUUUCGAUCAUCCGAAUGCUUUUGAUUUUGAUUUAUUGUUUGAUACAUUGAAGAAUAUGAAAGAGGGAAAGAAAGUCGAAAUCCCAAUUUAUGAUUUUGUGACGCAUGCUAGACUUCCACAAACAAGCUCGUUAUAUGGUGCUAAUGUUAUCAUCUUUGAAGGAAUUUUUGCACUAUAUGAUCGAAGAAUUUUAGAUCUGAUGGACCUUAAAAUAUUCGUUGACACGGAUUCAGAUAUUCGGCUUAUUCGUCGAUUAAAACGAGAUAUUAAUGAACGAGGACGUGAUUUUAAUGGUGUAAUACAGCAAUAUCAAAAGUUCGUAAAGCCCUCUUUUGAUCAAUACAUACAACCUACCGUCAAGAAUGCGGACGUGAUAAUUCCACGUGGUCUUGAUAAUUUAGUUGCCAUCGAUUUAAUCACCAAACAUAUACAACGUCAAUUGAAUGAACGUCAAUUCAAUUUUCGAUGGGAUCUUUUAAAGUUCGAUUGUGAUGAUAAAGAAAUACCGAAGAAAGUUACUGUUUUGGAACAAACCACUCAGCUUAAAGGGAUCCAUACUAUUAUAAGAGAUAGAAACACAAAACGUGAUGAUUUCAUAUUUUACACUGAACGAUUAGCUGCUACGAUUGUAGAAAGGGCGUUGUCAGAAUUAUUAUUUACAAAGCAUGAAAUCAUCACGCCACUUCAUAUGCCUUACGUCGGAAAAAGGUAUACGAUGCAGGUAGAUCAAUGA